CCCCUCCCCGCCGCUCCGCGGUCCCGGCCGUGUCCGCCCGCGAUGCCGCCGCUGCCCGGGGGCCGCUCGCCAUGCCGGGGCCCCGCGCUCGCCGCUGCCCGCUGCUCCUGGCGGCCGCGGCGCUGCUGCUGCCUCUGACCGGCACCCCGCCCGCCGCCGCCGCCGCCCGCCCGCCGCUCCAGCACCAGCAGCAGCGGGCAGCGCUGCCGGGGGGCCCCGCCGCGCCCGCAGCAGGAUCUGUUUUUACGUUGAAAGUUCAAGUAAAUGACAUCGUCAGCCAUCAGUACCUGCAACAAGCGGUUGUAGAAGUGUUUGUUAACUACACAAAGACAAAUUCCACUUUUACUGGAAACGAUGGGGCAGUAUUAAUAAAAGUUCCCUACAAAUUAGGAUUAAGCUUAACUAUCGUAUCGUACAAGGAUGGCUACAUGUUAACACCUUUGCCUUGGAAGACUGGGAGAAUGCCAAUAUACUCUUCUGUGACACUUUCGCUAUUCCCACAACGUCAAGCUAAUAUAUGGCUGUUUGAAGAUACUGUCUUAAUAACUGGAAAGCUGUCUGAUGCCAAAUCUCAACCAAGUGUUCAGUUUCCAAAAUUUUUAAUCAAGCUUCCAACAAAUCAACAUAUUACAAAUGUUACAGCCUAUCUGACAGUGCCAGAGCAGUUUUUGAAAGUCGACAGCUUUUUCUAUACAACAGGAAUACUUCUAAAUAAAUCAGGUUUCAAAAGCAUGGACUUAGCUCCUCUUGCUGCAGUAUGCGUAAAUGUUUUUCUGUCUGGGAAAGAGCUGAAAGUAAACGGUCCGAUUCAGAUGACACUUCCUCUUGUUACAAGUACUGUGAAGUCAGGAGAUGCUAUACCUGCGUGGACAUUCGACAUGAAAAGUGGUGCUUGGGUAAGCCGAGGGCUGGGGAUGGUGAAGGAAGCAGAUGGUCAGUUUGUAUGGACAUACACCGCUCAACACUUGGGCUACUGGAUAGCGGCUCCACUGCCAGGAACGAGAGAAUCCAUCAUUAGUGCAGUUUCCAAGGACAUAACAACCUAUCACACGGUGUUCCUUACGGCCAUACUGGGAGGCACAGUUGUCAUUAUCAUUGGAUUCUUUGCUGUUCUUCUUUGUUAUUGCAGGGAUAAAUGUGGCCGGACGCAAAAGAAGGAAAAAAAUACCACUAAGCUGGAGGUGAUAAAAAAAGACCAGACAACAUCAACAACUCACAUCAAUCACAUGAAUGCUGUCAAAGGUUCUUUAAAGUUGGAUGAUAAGUCACAGCUGUACACACCGAAGAUUGCUUCAUAUAGCCCUCAAAGAAGGGUGUCUGUAGAUACGGAAGAUGGAAAAUCACGAGACAAUUUUAAAAUCUAUACCGAGGAUGCUUCUUAUCAGCCGUCCUGUCAGACCAGUCAGUCCAGGAAUUCAGCCCAUACGUUGGAGCCAGCUGCUGCAGUCAGGCAUUUACCACAGCCGAAGCUCAGCAACAGUACGAUUUCCCAGGCUCCUAGGGACACUCCGGACCAAACCAGAUACCUUUCACUGAAAGAGGACAUGUAUGGGCUUUCUCAUAUCCCUGAACAUCUAAUGCAUAUUUAUAAUCAGCCUAUUGCUAUUCUUCAAACCUCUGACCUUUUCCACUCCCCAGAACAAUUGCAUCCUGCUAAAUCGGCCACUUUGCCAAGGAAAGGGCAGUUAGUAUACAGCCCCAUGAUGGAACCCAUGAAUCGUGACAGCUACAUGCAGACACUACCGAAAAUGCCAGCGCACUCUCACCCACAACCUUCUGCCUGCAGGGAUGAAAACGGUACAUUAGACAGCGAAGAGGGCUUGCCGGCUCAAGCAUCAAACUGGAGCCGAUACACUAACAGCUUACUGGAGUCUAUCUCUGUUCCUGGGACGCUGAACGAAGCAGUGGUAAUGACUCCGUUCUCAUCUGAACUUCAAGGUAUUUCAGAACAAACGUUAUUGGAACUCUCGAAAGGAAAACCAUCUCCGCACCCUCGAGCAUGGUUUGUGUCCCUGGAUGGAAAGCCGAUUGCCCAAGUGAGGCAUUCUUUCAUAGAUCUGAAAAAGGGCAGAAAAACAGAGAGUAAUGAUACCAGUCUGGACUCUGGUGUGGACAUGAAUGAGCAUCAUCCUAGUAGGAAACUGGAAAGAGAGAAAACUUUCAUAAAAAAUAUGCCGCAUUCUAAGAUCCUGUACUUGGAAGAUCUGGAUCUGAGCAGCAGUGAAAGUGGGACCACUGUCUGCACUCCAGAGGACCAGGCUGUGCGGCACAUUCUGGAUGGAGGGAGCGGACCAGUCGCAGAACAGCAUGAUGAAGAAAGCCUAAGAAGAAAAACUGUGUCAGGAAGUCAUGAAUCUGGUAUCCCUUCUGCUAAAAAAAGGGAUAGACCAUCUAUCACGAAAAGAGAUAGCAAAACCAAUAUCUGGAAGAAAAGAGAGGAGAGGCCGCUUAUUCCUAUAAAUUAAAACACAAUGUGCUCUGUGUUGUUGCUCUCCCUGCUGGUUAUUCACCUCUUGGCUGCUUCUGUAAUUCUGCAGUGUUGGGUUUACAUGGGAAUUACAUGGAAAAUGCUGUUUUCUCGUAUCCAGACAAGUUACAUUUUUUUGAUACACAGAUCGAGUUAACUAUACUUCAGCUGGGCAAUCGAUAUUCAAUGUGAAACGGGGAAAUGCUAAUAUGAAAAUUUUCCAGUACCUAAUUUUGCUGACAGUACAGGGAAGGCCCACGUUUUAAUUAGCCUGUUGUUCUUGGACACACCCCUGGGGAUGCAUGGUGAGAAAUGUAGGCAUGUGUGUUAAUUUUUUGUACCUGUUGCUGAUGCAUUGUUAGACCAGCUGAAGCCCAUCCUCAGCCCGGUUCCUAAUCAGUGUGACUGUCUGUACAGGAUUUUAUAUGUGAACUUUUCUAGGGACCUGUUGCUAUUCCUUUGUACAAUGUGAAACGUUUCAGCAGUUUGUCCAACCACACCAGCAGAUGAGCUCUCCUGGGUUUGUCCGUGGAGCUCUACGGCGUUGCUGCCCUCCCCAUGUGCCCAUCCGUGUGCAGAAAGUUGCCACUACGUAUAGUGGUGGCAGACGGGGAUGUGUACAAGCUUGGUGGCCACUGCAGUUUGUGGUCCCUGCUGUCCUAAGAUGUUGCCCAUCUGUUUUGUUUUCGUCUGCUUUGUUACGAACUGUGGAUGUUGAAGACUGGCAUCUGCUAUGAAGUGUCCAUAUCCAGCAGGAAAGGACUGGUUCCGGUAGCAUUCAGAGCUGCUGCUGCUGAUCCCAGCGUCUUGUUUUGGCUUCACUGUUGGUUAAUGUCUUCUCUCCUGCAUGCUGUUGGACCAGUGGAGCUCUACAACGUUGUCUUGAGUCCUUGCAGAUCUACAAGUUCGUUUGGCCCAGAGUGAAAUAGCAUGCAGGUUUAGAGAAAUCACACCUUUGAAAUAGGUUCCUUUAGCAGGAAAGUUCAGCACUGUUGCUUUUUAUUUUAUGUUUAGAGAGAUCGUCGGAGGUUUACGUGCCUACAUUUUGCCAGUCUGAGCUUCUUUUGUCUAUGUUGUGCAUUGCAGGGCGGUUAAACAGGCUUUAAAAGUUAGGGGGAUUCAUGAGCAUGAGAGCAGAUCGCAAAAUUUGGUCUAUAAUGCAAUAUAAAUACUACUUAUGACUCAUCUUAGAGUGAAAGUUACCAAAAGUCAUGAAUGCAUGAAAUGUAACUAAGAUAUGUACAGAGGAAGGAAAAGGCCAUCAGAAUAUUCUUUAUUUUUAAUGUUCAUCUUGUCAAAGCGAUCGUUUCAACUUUGGCUAACAGAAAAGUAGAUGCAUCCCUUAAUGUGCUUCAUAGAAUGUCUUUCUGUGGCUUUGAAGCUGUUUCCCUGAUUAAAUAAGUUGCAGCAAUUUGGCUUUGGCAGUUUGAUUAUAAAUCGUCCUAAAAAAGCUUUAUAAAUAUUUCCCUUAGAGCUCAGUUCUGGUCCUGCACCAAGACCCAAACACACAAUGCCUGUGUCUGAGUUGUGGGUUGUCUGUCCCGUAGUACACUCGACAGUUGGGAAAUACCUUGUGCAGCUGGGCUUCUGGGAAUAUUUACUCAGGAAACGUUACUGUGAAAUAUGUCUGUUAUGUUAGGAUUGUUAGUUGUCUGGUCCUGCUUCUAGAAGAACAUGUAAGGUUACCAGAGUGGCACUAGCAACGCAUCAGUCGAGCUUCUUCUGGUGUGCGGUGGCUUCGCGAACAAUGUACGAUGUUCCUGUGAAGCUCAGAAAUGCGGAAGUGCAAAAUGAGCUUAAGAGAGAUGUGCAAAUAAGUCUAUAAUUGGAAUUGGCCAAAAGAAUGUGGUUUGAUUGCAAGAUUCAUCUGCUUCAGAGGUGAAGGUGGCUUGCUGUCUUAACACAUCUUGGGUACUUCUUUUAGGUAAAUAUUUUCCUGCAUUUUUCCGUCUGCAGUUCUGCUGGAUUUUAUGUCUGGCUAACUCCCCAGCCCCACAUACUGAUGUUCACAUCCCGUGCUUUGUUAUUUACAUCGGUAGGAAAUUACUUAUAUAUUUUGAGUGUAGAUAGACAUUUCUUCUGAAAGCUGCUUUGACUGUUGAGGUUUCAUUUUGCCCUGCUCUUAGAGAUGCAUCGGCUUCAUGUUCCAGCUGUGUGUUGGAGUUUACGCACAGGAAGCCUGUAUUACCUGUUAGCAACUGGAAUCCUUUUGGGUUUAGGCCAUUAAAAGAAGGAAUUUAUUACACUGAGUUCUAAAAAUUUUAAUUCCAGAGAUAACCGUACGUGAUGUGUAGUGUGGAAAAUGUUGUUAUCAUUAAAUUUAUCUUUGUGGUCAAAAUAAUUCUUUUCUUUAUUUCUGUGUGAGUUCAAUACAUGAAUUUGUAGGAAUCACUGAAUUAUUGAAGUUUUUUUUCUGCGAGCUUACUAUUGCAGUGCUCACAGAGAGCUAAAAUGCCAGCGCUCAGACUCGGUCUGUACAAGAAGUAGCAGGGAUUGGUGGGACACUCUGCUUAGGAAGGCCAGGGGGGCACCCAGAGGUUUUGACUUAUCAGAGUCUGGAGGGUGAUUACCUUGAGAACCAAAAGUGGGUCAUGCCUAAAGCACCUUUAAAGUGAGCCCCCUCCAGGAGAGGGGAGUGAGGGGGAAGAUAGGAAAGGACAUGGAUUCUUUCUGAUGCUCGUUUAAUCGGUUCUUUUUGCAGAACACAAAAGUUUGCAUCGAUUAUAUCUCAGUUCUUCACAGGACACUUUCUGAGCUGUCAGCUCCUGCAGAAACCCCACCUGCACAUAUGGGCAGUUUUAAGGGAAAGGCAUUAGGUGAAUACAGAACACUCGAGACCAGAUUUUGUCAUGUACCUAAGGUGGAAGGCGGUGAGUAAGCUUCAGGACAGCUUCCCACCUCCUGUGGCUGCGAUACCUGAUGCUGGGAUUCUUCUUGCAGAGGGCACACCAGCUCCAGGCCUUACCGGGUUUUGGUAAGGGGUUCGGUGGAGUUAGCAAGGCUUGUUUCUGCAGAUCAAUCCAGUUGGCUUAGGUCAGUAGUUUGAUGUACUGUAAAUGAAGAGAAGUGAUCAGGCUCUGUCAUGCAGGUGUAAGGACAUUAGUCUGGCUGUUACGUAGAAAAGGUAGGUAUUUUCAGACUGUGAGCAAACAUCACGUAUUCUAGAUUUUUUUUUUCUUUAAGGGAGGGGAAAAACACUUUAAAAUUCAUUGUGAUUAAUAGGAACAAUCUUUAUAGUACUGUCAGAAAAUAGAAGAACUCUGGUAUCUUACAAACCUGAAAGCACAACUGAUGCAAUGACGAGGGACAUCAGUUACCAAGGUAGAGCUAGAGAUUAUGAACAAAAAGUAAUUCUGGGUGUAGGAUUGGAAAUGUUUAGUUGUCUGCUUUGUUUUGAUGCAGUAAUUUGUACCAAAGAGGAUGAAACGAAAGGGCACCGGUCUAAAAGGGAAACAGGUUAACGAUAUUGCUGAUCUAACACUGUGCAGAUGGAAAGGCGGUACGCGAUGUCUCAUGUCUUGUACUGCAUAUUAAGAAAAUUUCAUAUAAAGAAGAUAAAUUAGCCUGCCGAAGUGCCUUUCCCUUUCAUCAGACUUAUUUGAUCAGUGGGCUGCCUGACUAUCUGAAAAGCACAUUUUGGUUUUUUUCUGUUAGCCAAAAAACCCCUCAAUUCAUACUUAAAAUUAUGUAGCUUUUAUAGUAUUUUCAGAGGCAGAUGUAGUGUUCUUUUACAUUGGGAUACUGACUCCUGCAUGUUAAUGAUGAAGAUAAUUGUUGUAAAUGCUGGGCUUUUUGUAUUUUAUGUUCGAAAAGAAGUUUGAAAAAAAUAUAUCUUUAGCAAUCUGAACAGUAGAAUCUUUUAAAAAUGCAUACGUGAGAUCUGAUUUAAUUUCAUAAAUCAUGAGUAAGCAUCUCAAAGUCACUGGAUUUACAGGUUUGAAACUGACUGAUAUUCUAACUUCAAUAAAGAAAUUAAUAUAUGUUUAUAGAUGAAAACAAUUAUAAUGAUAAGAAUCCCUUUUUCAGCUGCUGACCUUCCUUGCCAGUGGAAGCAGAAAGGGUAUGGAGAUAGGUACGUAAUUCUUAUUUUCUAAAACCAUUUUUAUCUCAACCAGGAUCCCAGCCUGCCUUAUGUGAUCCAAGCUUCUGCUUUUCAGCUUUUUUUUUUAUUUAGUGGAAUUAAGCAAACACAGUGCGAUGCCUACAAAGUAAAAAACGAGCAUUCUUUUAUAGUCGUUUUCACUAAUUUGUGCCACACUUCCAACAGUAGGCAGCCACAUUUGUGUUAAAGAAUUUGUGAAAGGCGGUUUAAAUUACUUGAAUCUGGGCUCUGUUUUCUUUUAAAAGCAGUAUUUGAUAUGUUCUGAUUACAAAAAUUAAAAAAAAAGGCUUCUUUUUUUUUUUAAGACUAGCGGGGGAAAACUGUGUCAUUAUUUUUGGUAUUAGUGCUCUCAGCUUGAAAAUUAUUUUCCCAAAUAAAUUUUUUCCAUCAGUUUAAGACUUACUGAACAUUCCUAUGUCCCGCUGCCCAAACAUUCUGGUACUGUAAUCCCAGGUAACCGGUUGGGUUCCUGUGCAGCACUUGUUGUGCUCUGUUAGCACGGUGAUGUUCUUACACCUUCUUACUGCAUAGAAAGGCACUUCGAGCGCUCAUUAGAGCACAGAGUUGAUGAAAGCCCGGCUCUGAGGUGCUAAAAUGUCAGUGAGCUGAGGGCACUGCCUAUGCCCACCACCCUGGAGCCUCGCGUUCAACAAACGCUUCAUUACCUUGGCAAUCGUUUUCCACAACACCCCAGUGUGUAUAUUGUUCGUGUAAAACGUUGUUGAUAUUCGGCAUCCUGGGUUUAAGUAUUUCUACCUUUUUAUAUUUUGUAGGAGGUGUCUUUUCACCUCUGCAUUUACUACGGUAUCAGUGUAUCUGUUGCUGGAAAUGUAACUGAGAUUUGUAAAACGGUACAGCUUAUGCAAUAUAAUAAAAGGUUUAAAAAGU